GCCGGGACACGUGACAGGGUCGGCGCGCUGCCGCCCCGCCCCUUCCGGCGCCCUGUCCCCGGUUGCCAUGGGAACCUGGGGAGGCUGGAGCGAGACCGUUUUCCCGCGCCUAUAGCUAUAGGUCCUAUAUAGAUCUAUAGAAAGAGACACCCCCAGGGCUUAGGCAGACCCUAUAGAAUGAUCCCAUAUAGCCCCCACAGAGCCCCCCACGCUCUUAUAGGGUCAUCCAGUCCCGGCUGGGCCUCUGUGGAGGCCCUUAUAGCCCCUCCCCCAGUCUAUACUGUCAGGCCCCUAUAACUAUCCUCGACUCCCAUACGGCCCCCUCAGGGCCAGCGAGCUCGUAGCGCGCCCUGGUCAUGCCCAAACCACGUCCGGCCGGAGGACGUCUUACUCCGGCGCCUGCAACCCGCAUUGCAGGGGGGUUAAGGGAAGGCGGAGGAAGAGGGCUCGGGUUCGAAAUAAGUGCUGUGUAGACGCGUCCAAAUUCGAAAUAAGCCAUUUCGACGUAAGCGACGCAAUUAGCCUAGCUCAAGUUGCCUAGCUUAUUUCGGAUUUAGCCCUGCUGUGUGGAUGUACCCAUAUAGGCCCUAUAGAGCCCUACACAUCCCUUCCUGGUCCCUAUACAUCCCCUGGGCCUAUCUGUUGCCCUAUAUGGUCCCCAGCAGCCACCUAGCCUCAUAUAGCUCUCAUUGACAUGCAUAGCCCCAUACCUUCAUGCCAUCUAGCUCUCACUGACAUAAAGCCGAUGAGGUCCUACAUACUGUAUACUUGAAACCUCUGUCCUGACACAGAAGUGGACAUAGGAUGAGCAAUGAGGAAUGUGAGAUCCUAUGACUAUGACGUGACUGUUGCCAAAUGACUUCACAAAGCUUUCUUUAUGUGGCAGGCCUGCAUUUUUAUUUAAUUCCUUUGAGAGGGGAGGGUUUCUUUGAAAGUCACGUUUUGGUCAUACAGACCUAGCAAAGGUUCAGCUUUGUGAACGUCUGGGGAAAAGCGAGCUCUGGUAAUUACUCUCACCAAUUUACAUGGACAAGAAACAAAGAAAAUAGAAGGAUGUACAGGACUGCCCUGACGUUUUAUUGAGUACCGCAUCACAGAAGAGUGCUUGUCAGGAUGAUGUUGCCAUCCCAUAAGUGCUGUGAAACGGCCUCCCAUGACUUUGUGCAGGAUGGCGUCUGAAAAUUAGAAGCAUACAAACGUUAGCCAUACAUUCAACAUGGAUCUGUGGCUGAAAUCAGGCUCGCUGAAGAGAAAGGAGACUGAUGUGCAGAGUGAAUCAUCCACAAGUGGACUGUCUAAACAAACAGACCCAAGUAAAUGAAAAGUGAGAAAAUACUCCGCUGACUACUUCAAGUUUGGAUUUACUUGGUCCGGCAGUCAGAAUGAACUGUGACCAAUGUGUGUCCUCUGCUACAAGGUGUUAGCAAAUGAAAGCCUAAAACCAGUCAACUUUUGCCAUUACCUAACACAGAAACAUGGCAAAUAUGAGUCCAAGCCUCUUGAUUUUUUUCAAAACAAGCUUACUGAGUUCAAGGAAAGUGAAAAGAUUAUGAUGACGACGGUAACGGGUAGUGACAAUACAAGGGCAAUGGAGGCCUCCAACUGGGUAGCUCAACUAAUAACCAAGACGGGAAAGCCACACGCAAUCGGUGAGGAGCUAAUAUUACCAGCAGCCAAGACAAUUGUAAAUACUAUGCUUGGAGAGAGGGCAUGCAAACAAAUAAAUCUGAUCCCACUGUCGAAUAAUACAGUUCAGCACAGAACUGAGGAAAUGGCCGAGAAUGUGAGGAAACAGUUGAUGAAUAGAGUACACCAGAGUCACUUCUAUGCACAACAAAUGGAUGAAACAACUGACAUCGCAAACCUGGAACAACUUCUUGUCUUUGUCAGGUAUGAACACAGUGGGGAAGUAAACGAGGACUUACUUUUUUGCAAACCACUACCCACAUGCACAACUGCAGAGGCAAUUUUUGAUAUGCUGAACUGUUUUAUUGUUGGUAAUAAUAUUGACUGGAAACAAUGUGUUGGAGUUGGCACAGAUGGGGCUUGUGCCGUGACUGGUCAACACUGUGGAGUUAUCACUCAUAUUAAAUCAGUCGUUCCAUAUGCAACCAGCAUUCACACAGAGGCCCUAGCUACGAAGAAAAUCCCUGUUGACUUAAAGAGCAUAUUGUAUGAAUCGGUGACAGUUGUUAUCUAUAUCCAGGACCGUCCUCUUAAUUCAAGAGUGUUUGAAGUUUUAUGUGAUGAGAUGGGCAGUGAUCACCGUCAACUGCUGCUGCACACGGAGGUCCGCUAGCUCUCCAGAGGGAAAGUCCUGACGCAUAUUUUUGAGCUGCGAGGAGAAGUGAGAAUUUUUCUGAUGGACAAAAAGUUUGAGCUUGCCCAUUGUUUUCAUGAUUUUAAUUGGUUGGAUAAAUUGGCUUACUUAGCUGAUGUUUUUGGCCAUCUUAAUGGUCUCAACCUGAGUCCGCAGGGAAAAGCAGAGACACAUUUUCAAGUUUAAGACAAAAUUGAAGCAAUGAUAAAGAAAUUAGAACUGUGGUCCAGUCGAAUCGAUCAGUCGAACUGCAACUCAUUUAGCAAUCUUUCUGACUCUUUGAUUACAUCAGAAAUGCAGCUCCUUAACGAUGUUAAACAUACAAUCAGGGAGCAUCUGCAAAGCCUGUAAACACAGCUGUAAAAGUACUUUCCAGUUCCAGAGACCAAAAACGACUGGAUUAGAAAUCACUUUGAAUGCAUUAACAGUGACACCCUUGCUAGUUUAACAUCAAAAGAACAAGACAGCCUAAUCAAAAUGUCUUGUGACCACGCUUUCAAGCUGGUCUUCUCACAAAAGUUCCUUGCUGAGUACUGGCUUCAUGUAGCCAGUAUCCAGAGCUGUCUGAAAUAACACAAUUUAUGAUGCCCUUUGCCACAACAUAUAUGUGCGAAGCAGCUUUCUUGGCUCUCAUGGCAAUAAAGACCAAAUACCGGAGUAUGCUUUGUGUUGAAUCAGACCUACGACUGAGACUGUCAUCCAUCCAACCUGACAUCCAGUCUUUGAAGUCAAUGAAACAACACCAGGGAUAUCAUUAGGUAAGCCAAAAGUUUAUUAUUUGUUGCUAUGUAGGCCCUAUCGUGGUAAUUUGUUGUGAUGAGAUGUUCAAUUGAAUUGUUAUGACUUCGGAAACAAGUAUGCGUCAUGUUUCCUUUUUCAUUUAAUGAAGUGUACAUAGUGGCUAGAAUUGCUUUGAUGGGGAUCUGUGAACGGUUUGGUGGGGUGAUUGGGGGUCUGCACUAGUGAAAAAGUUGGGAACCACUGCUAUAGAA